AUGCCCCCCAAAGCCAAAAAGAUUGAUCCUGAAUUGCAAGCUAAAUAAUUUGAACAGUGGAAAGAAAGUGAGGAAUACAGAAUCUGGUCAGAGUUAUAAAUCAUUUACAAAUCAAUGGAUAAUAAUAUAUCUGAAACUUCCAAAGACUUGACAGGCAAUUGGCAAGUUUAUCAUGAUAAAUUACUUGAAGUGUGCUAGACAUUCAAAUGCAAAUCUAAAAUAAAACAAAUUGAACAUUGUCAUUUGAGAAGUGCCUUCUUUGCAGUUGAGGAUGUGGAAAUUAACAAAGUAGUUGUUAAGCAAUAUCUCGAUGGAUUCUAUUAUUCAGUUGAGAAGUAGGAUAAGGACAGAGCCAAGCAUGUGAAGGAAUUGCUUGCGAAAAUAUCAAGAACCUUGGAGGAUCACAAGUUUUUUGAUAUGAAUGCAGAAAAUUAUAUUGCGGAAAGGAAGGCAUUUGUGGGUCUUCUGAAUGAUUUUUUGAAAAAACUUCCACUUCUAAUUAAGUCAAGUCACAAAGUAAUCGAAGAAAAACUCAUGCUUGUUUUGGGACCAUUAAGAGCUUUGUUGGAGAUUAACAAAAAAAUGAUGUUCUUUGAUCUUGUCAAUACUUCAAAUUAAGCAAGAUAAACCAAGGACUUUAUAUUGAAGGCUGAUAUUGAACAAUAUUGUAUAUGUCUACAAGAGGCUCAGAGGUUGUUGCUGGAAUCGAAAGCUAUCUCAUGCAAUCCAAACGUCAAAUUGAUCUUUAAUAAAUUGGGAUAUGAAGGAUGGUAACAGAAUAAAAUUGAGUCGUUUUACUUAACUCCUUUGUAGGAAGCUUUCGAUAAGAUGAGAAACAAUUUGCUUUGUUUGAUGCUCAAGGGAAUCAAUUACUAUAAGGCUCCUCUGAUGGACAAUACUCAAUUUGUGGAGGAUGUGAAGGAAUUAAUUGAUGCUGAAUUGAUAGCUGAACAUUUAAUGGGAACUUCAUUGAAAAGGGACCAACUAAAUUUUACUUAUAAUGUAUUAAGUGUGAUAUUCGAUUCCAAUGCUCAAGCGAAAGAAUUUCUAAUUAAAAGGGAUGAUAAUUGCGUUAGGGGUAGCAUUCCAAAAUUGAUUACAUAUCAUACAGUUUUGUACAUGAGAGCAUGGAAGGAUAGGAAAAUAGCAGAUGAAUUGAAGGAAUAAAAACUAUAAUAAAAGACAUAGCCAUUAGCAUAAUCGAACUUAUUUGAAGCUUAAUCUGCUAUGUCAGGCAUGUCACCAGAUAAAAAGAGAUAAGCUGAUGAUGAAUUGAGGAAGAAAGAAGAAGAGAACAUGAAAAUUUAAGAAAAACAAGAUUUUGAAAAGUAUGGAAGAUUUUGGAUUUGGGAAUAUUAUGCUUAAGAUUAAAUGAAGGCCAAUUUCGAGGAGUGUGUCGAAUUGAUCAGACAUAUUAACAAGGCUGUUCAAUAAGACAUAGAGGAUGUCAUUAUCAAAGAGGGGAUGGUUCCGAAAACUCGUUCUCGUUAAGUUUAAUAGAAUGAUCCAAGUCAGAUGUUCAAUAAAUUGUAGGAGAAGGACAAUGCAAAUGUGUAUGUAAUUUAGAGGAGACCACCAGAAUUGUGGAAUUAUCCUAAAAUUGUGGAGGAACAACAUGAAUUUAGAGCCAUAGCCAAACCCAGGGAUUGUUAUAAGGAUGGAAGAAUUUAGGUGUUGGAGAGUAAGAUGGAAUAAUUGAGUGCUCAUUUGGAGAGUAACAAGCCUCAGAGUUGGAAUGAAUUGGUUCAUAGAGUGAUAGAUGCAUUAAGCAAUUAAUAUAAUAAGAAACCUAGUGCAAUUGAACCAGGAAAAUGA